UUUAUUUUCAAAUGGAACGCGUGACCAGAUCAGAGGAAAAACAUUAAACAUUUAAGUGUUUUACUGACCGUGGCAUUAUUUAGAUAUACCUGCGGCGGAUAGAAGAUCAUUAUUAUCAGCAGCAGCCUUGAUCCUAAAACACCCAAUUUCAUCAGUGUAUCAGCAGAAGAUGUCAUUCCCUCCACACCUGAACCCGAUACCCCAGUUACCCCCUGGCAUUUCCGCCACACAGUUUGCAGGAUUUCCCACCACUGUCCCUACAACUAGUCCAAUAAUUCCAAUGCAUGUGGGAAUGAUGCCUCCAUCCCCAGCGGUUUUGGUAACAACUACAGUGCCAUUAGCUCAAAAGCCAAUGGGGCAGACUAGGGAGGCUUUUGCCACCCGCACCAAGGAGCCAGACGAAGGUACAGGUGCCAUCACAGGGCCGACCACCACUGUGUUUGUAGGAGACAUCUCAGAAAAGGCCUCUGACAUGCUGGUGCGGCAGCUGUUGGCAAAAUGUGGUUUGGUCCUCAGCUGGAAAAGAGUCCAGGGGGCUUCUGGAAAACUACAAGCGUUUGGUUUCUGUGAGUACAAAGAGCCGGAGUCCACUCUGAGAGCUCUCCGACUGCUUCAUGGGCUGCAAGUGGCAGAUAAGAAGCUACUUGUGAAGGUGGAUGCAAAGACCAAAGCUCAGCUUGACACCUGGAAGGCCAAUCAGAAGAGACCAAACGGGGCCCAUCUGUCUGGAGAAGACGCGACAGAUGAAGAGGUUCUGGACGAGGAGACAAAGCGGUGUGAUCAGAUGGUGAAGGGUGCUAUCGACGGUCUGAUCCGGGAGUAUUCCAGUGAGCUCACGGCCUCCUCACAGGAUGCUGAAGCCCAUCAACGCAAGAAACGUAGAGAGAAGAAAGAGAAUGAUAUAAAUGCCAUGGAGAUGGAGGAUGACAAGCGAGAUCUGAUUUCUAGAGAGAUUAGCAAAUUCAGAGACACCCACAAGAAACUGGAGGAGGAGAAGGAGAGAGAUCGACAGCAGACUGAGACAGAGAGGAGAGACAGGGACAAAGAGAGGGAACGAGAGAAAGAACGACGUGAUCGGGAGAGGGAAAAGGAGAGAGAGAGAGAGAGGCAGAAGGAGAGAGAUAAGGAACGAGAGCGAGACCGUGAUCGCGAAAGAACGAAGGAGAAAGAGCGGGAAAAAGAGAGAAGUCGUGAUCAAAGUACAGACAGAAGCAGAUCAAGGGAGAGGAGUCGAGAAGAGAAGAAAAAAGUGCAAGAGGAGGAUGAGGAGGAGGCGUACGAACGGCGCAAGCUAGAGAGGAAGCUACGUGAAAAGGAGGCAGCCUAUCAGGAGCGCCUGAAGAAUUGGGAGAUCAGAGAGAGGAAAAAAUCGAGGGAUUACAGUAAAGAAGAAGAGAGAGAGGAGGAAAGACACAGAGAGAUGACUAAAGAAGCCAAGCGCUUGAAAGAGUUCCUGGAAGAUUAUGAUGAUGACAGAGAUGAUCCCAAAUACUACAGGGGCAGCGCAUUGCAAAAACGAUUGAGAGACAGAGAGCAAGAGCUAGAAUUAGAUGAGAGAAACAGAAAGAGAGAGAAAGAUGAACUGGAGGAGAUCAGACAGAGACUUCUUGCAGAGGGACACCCAGACCCUGAUGCUGAACUUCAGAGGAUAGAGCAGGAGGCCGUGAGGGAGCGCCAGCCUUCUCUAAAGCAGGAGCAGAGUGAAGAGGUGCUGCAUAUCUCCUGUGAGGAGCCUCAGAGAAAGGGAUGCGCAGAGCAGGAGGCGUACUCAGACAAUAACGUCUCAGACCGAGAGGAAGAUGAGGACGAAGAUGAUGACAGAGAGGAUAAGCCAAGCUUGAAGCCCACACUCAGACCUAUUACCACAGCAUCCUCCGUCUCUUCUGCCAGCGGCAGUGCCACCCCCCUAACACCUGGUAGCGAAUCACCACACUGCGUCAACACUCUACACGAGAACUCUUCACAUGAGGCCCCGCCCACAGAGGAGCAGAGGCCUAAAAUAGGCCUCAGUCUCAAACUGGGCGCUGCAGGCAGUCCUAAAAUGCCCCAGGCAGUAAGACGAAAGGCUCUUGCUGCAGUGGACAGCGUCUUUAAUAAGUCUGAUGAUGAGGAAGCAGAGGAAGCACCCAAGAAGAGAAAGCUGGUACCUUUAGACUACAAUGAGGAUGAGAGGGGAGGCCUGAGCCUGGAUGGGGCAGAGGUCACAGCAUCGCGGCCUGGUUUUAACACAGAAGAGAAACAAAAAUAUAUCAAGAGUCUGAUUGAGAAAAUCCCCACCGUUAAACAAGAGCUGUUUAACUAUCCACUGGACUGGAACAUGGUGGACUCGACAUUGAUGGACAGGAGGAUCCGCCCAUGGAUUAAUAAAAAAAUUAUAGAGUACAUUGGAGAGGAGGAGGCCACACUAGUUGACUAUGUCUGUUCUAAGGUUAUGGCUCACAGCACACCAGAGGGAAUUCUGGAUGAUGUUGCCAUGGUACUGGAUGAGGAGGCAGAAGUGUUUAUAGUGAAAAUGUGGAGACUUCUGAUCUACGAAACCGAGGCCAAGAAAACUGGCCUGGUGAAAUAACAUGGAGCGCUGAACUGAACUGAGAGGGAUAGAAAUGAUUAGCAGAGAGGAUAGUUACCUUGCAUCUCUCUCCUACUUUUAGAGCCUUUAAAUUAAAGUAUGUUGGGUGAACGCCACAGAGAUACAGACUGCUGCACUUCCACUCUUUCUAUAUUCUCCAGGGGAUUAACUGCACAGCUACUGGUGUGUCUGUGUGUGCAUGUGUAAAGCUAUGUGAAUGUAUGUGUGUGUGUCUGGCUUCCAGUAAGGCACUUACAAUGGAAGUGAAUGGGGGCCAAUCCGUAAACAUUAAAAUACUCACUGUUUAAAAAGUAUAGCCAAAAGACUUAAACAGUAUGCGUGUUAACAUGAUUUUAGUGUGAUAAAAUAGUUUACUAACCUUUUCUGUGUAAUGUUAUAUCCAGUGUUAAAACUUCGUUGCCAUGACGAUGUAACAGCAUAAACCAUAAAACAACUGUAAAAAUUACAAUUUAAAAAACUUCACAGCUCAAAUAAUACAAAAGAGCUUUUGUAAGUGCUUUUUUAUAAUUAUAAUAAGCUUUACAUUUCUGCCUUUUAAACCCUCCAAAUAUUGGCCCCAUUCACUUCCAUUAUAAGUGCCUCACUGUAACUCAGAUUUUUGCUUUUUGAAAGAAAAGGAGGUAUGAGUCAAAUUUUUGGUGGUUAACAUUAUGCCACAAAUGUGGUCAACUGAGCUUAACUUGUGUUGAACCAGGAAUAUUCCUUAAAUGUCCAGAUAAAGCGGAGAGUCUAGUUUGGCUGGCUGUUUUCCUUUUGAUUCAGUUGUUUUAAAUAUUAUUGUCUUAAUUCACUUAGAUUUUGUUAUUAAAUUAUCUUCUUUCUCCAAAUCUUUGCACAGCCAAGUUCAAUCAGUUUUUCUUUAAUUAUUUAAAUGAACUCAGUUCGGUUUUACUGUCUACCGGCCUCAUUACAAGCUAGUAUGAAGUCAUUUUUAGUGCGCUGUAUUUACAAAACCACUGUAAACAGGCUGAGUGAAGUCUGUGAUAUGGGAUUUUCGGAAGUUUUUUGCGGCAGUGAUUUUGAGUGCGGUGUACUUGCACAUACUAGCCCAGUCGAAGAUUUGUUUCCAUGGUGAUUGAUUUGACUUUGAAAUAUUAAAAUGUUUGAUUUUCUAGAGA